GACAUUAUUGCUGCUGGCUACCCAUCUGUCCACCCUGACCCAUCAUGUCGGCCGCUACGGACAAGGCCCGCUUCUUCCUGGAGAAGUCGGUUCCCGAGCUCAGGGAAUUUGAGCGGAAGAAAAUCUUCACCAAGGAGGAAAUCACAUCGAUCAUCAAGAAACGGUCCGAUUUCGAGCACAAGCUGAAUGCACGUGGCGCUCUGCCCAUUGACUUCGUUCGGUAUGCGCAAUACGAGAUGAACCUGGACAUCCUGCGCCGGAAGAGGGUGAAGCGCUUGGGGAUUCGGUCCGCUGGAUAUACCGGCCAGAGGAGGAUCUUCUUCGUUCUUGACCGUGCGACUCGCAAAUUUCACGGCGAUAUAGGCCUGUGGAUUCAAUACCUCGAAUACGCCAAACAGCAAAAAGCCUACAAAAAGGUUUCGUCCAUUCUUACAGACGCCUUGCGGUUACACCCUGCCAACGUUGAUUUGUGGCUGUAUGCGGCGCAAUACUCCGUCGACGAACAUGCCGAUAUGACUCAAUCCAGGGGGUACAUGCAGCGCGGCCUGAGAUUCUGCAAGAGCUCCAAGAAAUUGUGGCUUCACUAUGCGAAGCUGGAGUUGAUUUACAUCGCCAAGCUCGUGGCUCGACAGCGCAUAUUGGGCCUCGACAAGCCGAUUGAAGCCCCCAAGCCGGCGCAGGAGGACGACCUAGAUGCUGACAUGGUCGCUCUGCCAAAGAUCACAGGAGAAGACAUCAACCCCGACGCUGGAGAGGAUGGCGGUGUGGACGAAGUGGCUCUGGAAAAUCUCGCAUCGACUCCUGCCCUGACUGGCGCUAUCCCUCUCGCCAUCUUUGACACGGCAAUGAAGAAUUUUGAAAACGACGACAGUUUCGGUCAUGAAUUCUACGACAUGGUUGUCGACUUUGACGACUUGCCCUGUCUGCGCCAGAUCCUCCAACAUGUGGUUGAUACGAUGCGGAACUCCAAGCCCAACAGUCCUCAUACGCAAAUUUGCUACAUCAAAUUCCCCACCGCUGGAAUCCAGGUCACUUCGUCCGAUUUCCCACGUGCGUUUGGCGCGUCGUUUGCCCGGCUCAAGGAGCACCGGAAUAACCCCAAGGUCGCCAAGGAGAUCGUCAACUGGCUACAGCCUCUCGAGAAGACCGAAGGCCCGGAUGCCUCACUCCAAAAGGCGAUCGUCGCCACUCUCCGCAAUGCGGAGCGAGUUGUACAGGAAGCGUAGAGCUUACAUUUCAUUUGAGUUAUUCACAGGCGUUUACCGGACGUUUCCGUCGCAAGCUUUAUGGGCAAUGAGAAUAAGGAAGUUCCUCUUGGUUAUUGGAUGAUGAAAAGUCAGCAUGUUUGUUAAUCGUCAUAACUACCCCGUCUGCUGCUCUUUUUGCUGCUGUGCAUUUUCUUCGACUUGAUUCGGGCUUCGUUGGCAGCUUUCUUUCUACACUAGAUCAGCCCGAGGUUCGCAUGGUCCCAAAAGUGGGAUCCUAGGAUUCAGAAAACUUACAGUUUUUGUACACGAU